CUUACAUAAUACCUGUGUUUAGAGCAGCAAACAAAAGACAUCUAUCUUCAUGAGAUCUGUUUCUGUUCUAACUUCAGGUCUUAGUUGGAACUUGGCAUUGGUUUCUGGCAUAACAUGUAUGUGAAAUAUUUAGUUCAGGGUCUGACAUUUUUGUGUGCCAUUUUAUCCUCAGAUGGUCUGAACUGCUUAGAUACGUGUGGGGUCACCACCCUCCAUGCCCCGCUGGGCUCAGUGGUCUCGCUCCCGUGCACUCUUCUGAAGAGCAACAGCACAUCUAAAGCCACAUGGAGCCAGACCUCCACCCUUCUGAGCAUGGGGCCGCAGGGCCACAUCACCUUCCAGGACCCCAGGGGUGGUCGGGUGACCGCCUUCCCCUACCUGUUCCACAGAGGAAACUUCUCCAUCCUCAUUCGUGGUCUCCAGACCUCCGACCUGGGCACGUACUGCUGUGAGCUGAGCUUGGAGUGUCAGCGGGUGGAGAUAAGACAAGACCUUGGGGGUCCCGCAGGCCAGAGUGAAGGUCUGGAUUUCCCAUGGUACUAUGUUGUCAUUGGAGUUGGCUUCUUCACCAUUCUGCUUUUGACUAUAUGUAGUCUGAGCUUCAUAAUCAGAAGAAUAUGUCUAAAAGGCCAACCGGAUUCUAAUUCUGUCAACUCACCACACAGAGAGGGUGAUUGUAUAAAACAACCACAAACUAAUCUGUCUGAAAAUAAAGAAAAUUGUCGGAAGGGUGGUGCAAACCCAGGGACGGAGGCUGACGAGGAGGACUAUGUAAACAUUCAGAAGGAAAAAGGUCACCAAGACAAUCCAACUAUCUAUGAAAAUGAUGAGCACCACCCUAAUCUAAUUAGCAGAGGGAAGACUGGGCCACACCCCUGCCCAAGAGGUUAUAGAGCAACACCAGAUCAGCAGGCUAACCGGAAAGCAACGUUCUAUGCCAAUCAGUCAGAAAUCCAAAAGUCAUCUGGCCCUGGCAAGAGAAGAAAAAAAGAAUAUCAACUGAGAAACCCAAUAUAUGAUGACAGCACAGGAGCACACAAUACCUAGCGGAAUAAACCUGUACUUUACGUUUUACUCCUACAUGUUCUGUUAAUUAUUGCUUCAGUUUAUUUGAAAGGUUAAUAAAAAGAGUAAAUCA